AUGGCGUCCAAGGAGAUCGUCCCCCAGGCUGAAGAAGUGCUGUCGCAAUCGGGCGAAGGGAAGAAGAGCGACGUGGAUGUGGCCUUGGACCUGUACAUCCAGGCCCAGGGCCUCGACCAUGCAAGCAAAGAGAAAGAAGCCGCCGUGCUUCGCAAGAUUGACCUGCAUUUGCAGCCGCUCCUGAUGGUCACCGGGUUUCUGCAGUAUCUUGACAAGCAGGCCGUGCAAUAUGCCUUCCUGUACAACUUCCAGAAAGACUUGCAUCUGACCUCCCAUCAGUUGUCGUGGACCGGGAGCUUCUUCUACGUCGGGUAUCUCGUCUUUCUUUCGGGCGCCAUAUCGUUCUUGCUGGCUGCCGCCAGCAACUUCGGUGGCGUUGUCGUCUUACGUCUCCUUCUCGGAGCGGCCGAAUCGAUUCAACUCCCGUUCAUGCUCAUCACAUCCAACAUGUACUACACGAGAAAGGAGCAGCCGUUUCGCAUGAUGCUGUGGUAUAUGCAGAAGGGCGUGGCCCAAGUGGCGGGGGCGCUGUUCGCGUAUGGCGUGGGACACAUUGACAGCCAAAUUCCUCGCUGGAAGUACAUUUUCAUCAUUUCAAUCCUGCACAAGCCUGGUUACUCAACGAGAGAGAGAGAGAGGCAAAUUGCCGUGAUGAGAGUCAAGGACAACCAGACCGGCAUCGAGUCAAAGACCUGCAAAUGGAAGCAGGCGUGGGAGGCCUUGACGGAUCCCAAGGGUUUCCUGAACGCCAUUGCCGGUGGAUGUGGCAACAUCCUGGGAGGAGUCGGAACGUUUGCGGGACUCUUGAUCAAGUCUUUCGGUUUCACCACGCUCCAGUCGACGUUAUUACAGCUACCCGUCGGCGUGAUCGAGUGCAUUGGCUUGGUCGUUGUCUCCUUUAUCGCCACCAACGUGAAGAAUUCCAGAAUGAUCAUUUCAAUCAUGGUGGCCCUCACGUCACUUACCGGGUCAGUCUUACUGUAUGCCUAUGACUUAAAACACAAAUCGGUCUUGUUGACAGGCUUCUGGAUGAUGGUCGGCAUGAUCCCCUGCGGGUUCAUCACCGGAGUCGGCACAAUGACUGCCAAUGUUGGCGGUCACACGAAGAGGAUCACUGCACAGGCGCUCUUCUUCGUCUUUUACAGCGCUGGAAACAUCACCGCCCCGCAGUUUUACACCGAAUCUCCAUAUUUCGAAGGUCGGCGUGCGAACGUGGUGGCGCUUGUGGUCGUUGUGGUGAUCAACAUCCUGAUCCUGUUCUACUAUAUCUGGGAAAACAGACAGCGGAGAAAGUAUUUGGAGGCCAACAGGGACGCCCUGGACGAGAAGGACUUUGCUUUCCGCGACUUGACCGACAAGGAGAACCCUUUUUGCUUCAACGUCUGGUGA